AUGAACGUUCCCGAAAUCUUUGUGGAUGGCGAGCAAUCGUCACAUUCACAACCGUCCAAGCGCCAAUCGUUUUUGGGCUUUUUGGGUAAGACUAAAGAGCGUUUCCGAAGCCCUUCUCCAGGAGGCAGAAGCAGGGGGAAUUCUCAUUUGGACGUCAAAAUGGAGUCGCUGGCAAGUUCAUUUACCUGGACAGAUGAAAUUCCUUCACAGCCAAAGCUCGCCGAAUUCCGUACCAAGAUCAAGUGGGUCGAAAAGGCCCAGAAGGUGUUGGAUGUUGAACAGAAAUGUGAGUAUGACGGGUACCGUGACCAGCCAGGUGGUUGUGAUUGUUCUGUUUGCCAGAACUGA